GCCGCCCUGCUCCUCUAGGUCCCAGGCGCGCCGCCGAGCUCUCGCCGACGGGUGAGCGGCCCGGGGCCUGAGGUCGCCCAGACGUCGGAGGAGCCGGGUCACGAGGCUGGAGUCCCGCCGGGCGGUUCUGGAGCCUCCCGCCUGCGGAGUGCGGCCGGGGAGGCGCGGCCCGGGAACGCCAGAUCCUGGGGAGAUCUGCCUGCUGGAGACUGCACCGUCCUCAGGGGAGAGCCCGGAGAGAACAUGGCUGCUGGGCGGCGGGAAGCGAGGCCCCAGGUGUCACUGACGUUCGAGGACGUGGCUGUGCUCUUCACCCGGGAUGAGUGGAGAAAGCUGGCUCCUUCUCAGAGAAACUUGUACCGCGAUGUGAUGCUGGAGAACUAUAGGAACCUGGUCUCACUGGGAUUCCCAUCUACCAAACCAAAAGUGAUCUCCCUGUUGCAGCAAGGAGAAGAUCCCUGGAAGGUGGAGAAAGACAGUUCUGGCGACUCCUCUCUGGGAUGUAAGAGCAUGCCUAAAAUGACAAAGUCAACUCAAACUCAGGAUUCAUUUCAGGAGCAAAUGAGGAAAAGACUGAAAAGGGUUGAACCCUGGAACUUCAUACCAGAAAGACCUUGCAUAUAUGAAGAGAAAUUAAAGAAACAGCAGGACAAAAAUGAAAAUUUACAAAUAUUUUCAGUUGCCCAUACAAAAAUCCUUACUGUAGAUAGAAGCCAUAAAAAUGUUGAAUUUGGCCAGAACUUCUACCUGAAAUCAGUCUUCAUUAAGCAACAGAGAUUUGCUAGAGAAAAAACUCCAUCAAAAUGUGAAAUACAAAGAAAUAGUUUCAAGCAGAAUUCAAAUUUACUUAACCAAUCAAAAAUCAAAACAGCAGAGAAACGCUAUAAAUGCAGUACAUGUGAAAAAUCCUUCAUUCACAAUUCAUCCCUUCGUAAACAUCAGAAAAACCACACUGGAGAAAAAUUAUUUAAAUGUAAAGAAUGUUUAAAAGCUUUCAGCCAAAGUUCUGCUCUUAUUCAGCAUCAAAGAACUCACACAGGAGAGAAACCCUAUAUAUGUAAAGAAUGUGGGAAAGCCUUCAGCCAUAGUGCAUCCCUUUGUAAGCAUCUAAGAACCCAUACUGUGGAGAAAUGCUAUCGAUGUAAAGAAUGUGGUAAAUCCUUCAGCCGAAGGUCUGGGCUUUUUAUACAUCAAAAAAUCCAUGCUCAAGGAAAUCCUAAUAAAUACAAUCCAGGUAGGAAGGCAUCUAGUUGCAGCACAUCCCUUUCUGGAAGUCAGAAAAUUCAUCUCAGAAGGAAGUCCUACUUAUGUAAUGAAUGUGGCAACACUUUUAAGUCUAGCUCAUCCCUUCGUUAUCAUCAGAGAAUUCACACUGGAGAGAAACCUUUCAAAUGUAGUGAAUGUGGGAGAGCCUUCAGCCAGAGUGCAUCUCUUAUUCAACAUGAAAGAAUUCACACUGGAGAAAAGCCCUAUAGAUGCAAUGAAUGUGGGAAAGGCUUUACUUCUAUUUCACGACUUAAUAGACACCGAAUAAUUCAUACUGGAGAGAAAUUGUAUACUUGUAGUGAAUGUGGUAAAGCCUUAAGUUCCCACUCAACACUUAUUAUUCAUGAGCGAAUUCAUACUGGAGAGAAACCCUGUAAAUGUAAAGUAUGUGGAAAAGCCUUCAGACAGAGUUCAGCUCUCAUUCAACAUCAGAGAAUGCAUACUGGAGAAAGACCCUAUAAAUGUAAUGAGUGUGGGAAAACUUUCAGGUGUAACUCAUCACUUAGUAAUCACCAGAGAAUUCAUACUGGAGAGAAACCAUAUCGAUGUAUAGAAUGUGGGAUGUCUUUUGGCCAAAGUGCAGCUCUUAUACAACAUCAGAGGAUUCAUACAGGAGAAAAACCCUUUAAGUGUAAUACAUGUGGAAAAACUUUUAGACAAAGCUCAUCACUUAUUGCACAUCAAAGAAUUCAUACUGGAGAGAAACCCUAUGAAUGUAAUGCAUGUGGGAAACUCUUUAGCCAGAGGUCAUCCCUCACGAAUCAUUAUAAAAUUCAUACUGAAGAGGACUCCUUAAAAGCCGAUAUGCAUGUGUGAAAGCCUUAAACCAAAAUUCAUCAGAGAAUACAUGCUUGAGAGUGAUUUAUUAAAUAUAAUGACUAUGAGAAAACGUGUAGUUCUCACCAGAUACUAAGUUUUAAGAAUAAACUUUAGCUAUAUAAUAACUAUCGGGAAAGCU